AUGCAGAGAGUAACGGAGAAUAAGUUUUUGAGAGGCUCUGAAGCUGAUGUCGUUUGUCUGCAGGAGACAUUCCUAAAACCGGACAUGGGAUUCUUUAUCCCAGGAUACUCUAUCCUCCGGGCUGAUCGUUUUUCUGGAGCAGGUGGAGGGGUUGGCAUUCUGAUCCGGAACUCCAUCAGGCACCAGAGGAUCGAUACGUCCCUCUUUAUGGGCGAGUCGAUUGGAGUCGAACUCGCCCUAGAAAGUGGUCCGAUUAGGAUUGUCUCGGCAUAUGGUUGUGUAAAAUCUAACACCAACGGCGGUUUCCUGCUGCGGGCGUCACUGGACUACCGGUUCUCGGUGGAAACCAUCGAGACGCCAAACCACUUCCCUGAUAGUCCCCCAUGCCGACCUGAUAUCCUUUCCAUUUUCCUCUGCAAAAACAUCACAGAGGUGCCGGAGGUCAUUAACCACCAGGUGUUGUCUUCGGACCACAACCCGGUCUCACUGGCACUUAACGAGAAUUGUUGCCAGUGGGAGCCUCGUAAGAGGAAAACCAACUGGUUGCAAUUCCGUUAUUUAAUGGAAACCACCGAUUUGCGGUGCAGGAUUUUGAACUCUGAAAGGGAUAUAGACGGUGAAGUGGAUAGGCUGUCAAAUGACAUCCUGACAGCCUUAGAACGGUCGACGCAUGCUUGCCCUAACAUGUGCAAGCAGCAUAGUCUUCCUGGCGAGGUUGUCACCCUCAUCAGGAAGAAAAACCGUAGCAGGAAACUUUGGCAGCGUACUCGGGACCCCUUCAUCAAGGCCCGGUACAACGCCCUGAGCCGUGAGGUCCGGGCCUGCCUGCUUGAACUCCGGAGUUCCUCGUUCCAGGAGUUCAUAGCAGAGGCCGAACUCCAUCCUCGUCGGACCUGGAAAGUCAUAAGGUCUAUCCGAGGGAGGCGUAUGCGCUUUCCGCACCUUGUUCAUGAUGGCAUCAAAGUCGUCCUGGACAAGGAUAAAGCGGAGGUGUUUGCAGACUCCCUUGAGCGGCAAUGCUCUCCAAACGCCAGUCUUCCUGGGUUUGUUGUAGAGCACAACUCCAUCAGCCGUCAGGUGGACUCUAUGACUUUCCCAAAACCUGAUAGUGACAUUCUUCCUACUUCUCCCAGCGAAGACAGAGGUAUCCUUAAAGCCCUCAAUAACCGGAAAAGUCCCGGCCCAGACACCAUCCCCAACGUGGCCCUUAAGAAGCUUGCUACCAUUCAGGUGCCUCCUUUCUUCGCUAAGCAAGGUGGCGGAGCAGGUUAUUCGGACUCGGCUUGA